AUGGCUAAAGGUUCCUUUCCGCGCAAGCCCUGGGCUCCAGAGCAGAUGUAUUUUGACUCUGACCCUGAGUCCGAGGGCCUCUUCGAUAAGCCGCCCCCGGAAGAGGGCCACACUGUCCGUGCACCCAAGUCGGCUGGCAGGAAAUCUGGUCGGCGUGUGGGCGGGAGGGAUCCGAGGACCCGCACUGGACAGUCCCGAAAGGCCGCUGUGCGCCCCGAGCCCGAGGAAGAGGAGCCUCUGGUGGACGAGGGCUGCUACCUCGACCAUUUCCCUCACCUAUCCAUCUUCAUCUACGCGGCCAUCGCCUUCUCCAUCACUUCCUGCAUUUUCACCUAUAUCCAUUUGCAGCUUGCCUAAGCAACCAGGGUCCGACAGGGUGGGGGUGGGGCGAUUGGGAUAGGGGAAUACGCAGCCUUUUGUUUUGGAGAUGCGCUGCACCCCUUUCAUCUAGCAUUUGAUGUCUUUCCUUGCUGUUGCUUUGUGUA